CGCUCACACACUCAGACACUCAGACACACUUACAGCAGGAAAAUCAUACUGAAACACAAGGUCACUGUUGUCAUUUCCUCUGGAUUUCUAUAUGGAUUUGGGACUUUAAACAAUUUCAAAAGGGAAAUAUCAGAGACAGAUCUCAAUUUGUUGUUGGACUGUGAAGGAAGAUACCUGGACUCACAGAAGAGAUGGACGCAGGGCCGUUGGCAUCAGUGGCCGAGGGCUCUCCGGAAGGGGAGACGGUUUGUGCUGCUUUGGCCCGCUAUGAAACCACUUUACGAGAUGCCGUGCGUGAGAUCCACGUGGACGUCAGCGCUUUCAAGAUAGGCAUCGAACGGAGACUGGAAGAGGCCAUUCAUGUGAGCGGACCUCUAGGCCAAGCUGUGGCGCAGCUGCAGCAGGAGAACCGGCAGCUCAGGGGUCAGUUAGAGGCCUUGACCCGACAGGUAGAGAUGCUGACUGGGUCGGUGUGUGACAGAAGCGCACUUCUCACAGGAGGAUCGGCGCCACCACAGACCAACAGCAGCACCGCAGGGCAUCAGUCUCCACCGUCUGCGGCCCCCAGCAUAGCGGCUCUGACCGGCUCCGCCAGCGGCUCUGCCUCCAGCCCCACCACCACACGUUUCUCCAGCAGAGCCACCUUCUCUGUCACCAGCAAAACAAACAGCAUUGAGCGAGAUGAGCCCAUUGAAGUGGAUCCAGCACCAAUUCCCCAAGGCUUGGAGAAUGGACACUUAUCCUCAACAGAAAACUCUAUGCCUUUGAGGAGAAACUCACCACCCAACGGUGUGUCACAGGAGCACUCGGCCCCCGUUCCCAUGGCGAUGCCACACCUGCCAAUCACAGCAACCACCAAAGUGGCUGACUCUGCAGUUAUGAAGAGUCCUGAGUCACCUGGUAGCCCGAUGCAAGCAAUGCCUUCAACCAUAACAGAUUCACUGACAAACAGUCAGGCGGUCAGCAGCGAUAACCAGCCACAACUAGAGUCUCCUGUUAAUGCAGUGCCGUCUGUGAAAACAUGGGCUCCAACUCCAGCCAGGACUAUGGGUUCUCCACGGCUUAGUGAGAAAGCAUCUUCAGCUCCGGCCAAGUCAGUGACUUACUCUGGGCUUUUCUCACACAAUACAGACAGGAAUGUGGAUAUGCCAGGAGAUUUAUCUUUCGGCAGAGGUAUUGAGCGCAGACGGGAGCUUGUGAGGUCCCAGACUUUACCUCGAAACAUUGGAGCCCAGGCACGCAGGUCCAUUUUUGAGAGGCUGGACUCUGAAAACAACAGUCGACCCAAACCAGUGGAUUCCAAACCAAAGCUAAAACGCUCUCAGAGCUUUGGAGUAUCAAGUGCUAGCAGUAUCAAGCAGAUUCUUCUGGAGUGGUGUCGAUCCAAGACUAUUGGGUACCAGAACAUCGACAUUCAAAACUUCUCAUCCAGCUGGAGUGACGGCAUGGCAUUCUGCGCCCUAGUCCACUCUUUCUUCCCUACAGAGUUUGAUUACAACGUCCUGUCCCCUGCCGAGCGCAAACAUAACUUCGAGCUGGCAUUCAGCACUGCAGAGAAGAAAGCUGGCUGCGAUAGGCUUAUUGAAGUGGAGGACAUGAUGGUGAUGGGCAGAAAGCCAGACCCCAUGUGUGUCUUUACUUACGUCCAGUCACUAUAUAACCACUUGCGCAAGUUUGAGUGAGAUCUUGGCCCCUUCAGCCCCAGCUGAACACUCUGCACUGCCCUCUGCUGGACAAAACUGAACUCUGAUAUAGAUACUAUGGUUUGGGGUUGCAAAAUGUCCAUGGGAACCCACACCAUUUCAAGCAUGACGCUUCUACGGUUGCAUUUUUAGUCAAGAAAAGGUCAUCGACUAUUUAUACAGACCCUUAAGACAUGGCUUUUGUCUAUGGCAGGCUUUUUAGAAAUUGUGGCCUCUGAUGUAUUACAAAACAGCUUGGUUACGCUACCUGCAUUAUGGAGCCAUUUUAUAGACUGCAAAGAUAAAGACAUAGAAAUGUAUUAGUGGAUUUCAUAUUUACUAAUGAAAGAUAGAAAUAUAUAGAAUGUACAGGAAAUAAGGUACAAUAUAUGUUCUCAGAUAGAUCAGCACAUUUGUUUU